GCAAUCUAUCACUGCCCACGACCCGGUCUGCGACACGCAGUGUGCCACCACCAUGGCCGACACCGAUCCCUCCGCAACGUAUACAUUCAUCAGACAGCAGUUUGCUCAACAGGGUGCAGAGCUUCAGAAAUGGGAGAAACAGUGGGUCCAGAAACAGCCGUUCCUGGCGUCGCGCGGGUAUACUCUCCGCCCAAGAUACCAUCCCGGCUGGAGGCCAUCUUGGGAGCGGAAUCUCGAGCUGGAUCCUCCCAACUGCGAGGAUUUCUGGAGGCUCCCGUACUUCCCCACUAUAGUCGACGCGACGCGGACUACGGAUGGACGCCUGGUGUGUAUCAAGCGCGUCAACUCGUAUGCGCAAGAACUCUCUAUCGCCAAUUACUUCUCGACAAGGCCUCUUCGCGAAGAUCCCCGGAAUCACGCGGUUCCCAUCGUCGACAGUUUCAAAGACGAUGAGGUCGAUGAAUACUCCUACAUUGUCAUGCCGUUUCUUAGAAAGAUGAACGACCCUCCAUUCGAUCUGGUGAACGACGUUCUGGAUUUUGCAGACCAAGUUUUAGAGGGACUCGCGUUCAUGCACUCGCACGACGUCGCCCACAGAGAUGCCGCACCGACCAAUAUUCUAAUGGAUGCGGACCCGCUGUACCCACAAGGCUUUCAUCCAGUUCAACGAAACCGGUUGCCCAACUUCACAUCGAAGGCGUGGCCGUAUUCUCGGUUUGGUGCGCCCGCUGGUGUUAGGUAUUAUUUUGCAGACUUUGGACUCUCUGUCCGCAUCUGGCCCCGUGACGAGCCAAGAUUCGUCCGUGGUCACAUCGGUGCUGACCGCGAUGCUCCCGAGCUUUCGGACACCGUCCCGUACGACCCCUUCAAAGUGGACGUUUUCGUCCUUGGCAACGUGUUCCGUAAACAAAUACAUGACAAAUACUUCCGGGUGGGAUUCCUCGGACCGCUUAUCAAGGCUAUGACGCAGCAGAGUCCCGACGAUCGACCCACUGCAGAGGAGGCACUCGAGCAGUGGCGAAAGAUUCGCCAGCGUGUUCUAGGGAUACAGCGCCUGUGCCGCCUGCGCGGCCGCGAGGAGGCUCUCGCACGGGCGAUCGUCCUCGACGUCGUCUCCGUCAUUAAAGUGGCGUACAUCCUGGCCAAACGCUUUUCGGGCUGGUCCCUGAGCUGGCUCUCCUUGAUAUUUUGUUGAGGCGGGUACUGUACUUUUACGACCGUAUCGGAUGUCACACGUCACACCGCUUUUCCGCGGACACCGCCAAUAAUAUUCUCUCGAUUUAUGGC